AUGAGCAUGACAAUAUUACAUACAAUACUAUUUUAUCGAAUUUUUGGAAAUAUAAAACCGAGAGAAGUAGACUUGUUGGAUAUCACUUACUCUGCAAUAGAUGAUCCCGAAAUUGAGAAGGUGGUGGAUGAAAAGGUUGAACAAUUUAUACGUAACCUUGAAACUCAUGGAAAUCAAAAGGGACAGAUCUCCGUAACGUUCCAUGAAAAACGGACCACAAGGAAUGCUUGGUUCAGUAGAUCUGAAGAAGAUAUUUGUUGGGAACAAUGGGCUGUUACCAUAACAACGGUGAUAUGUCAUACAGAGCGCGAUAAAUUAAGGAUCCGUAAGGACAUGGACAGGCAACUUUCAACAUGUCUUUUUAACAUUAUUCGAUAUGUUAAUGAUAAAAAAGAUCACAUUCCACCAAUCACUACUCUUGAAGCGAACCCAUUUCCUUAUCAGAUCGCUAUUCCACCAACGAAUGAUUCUUGGGGGUCAAUGUUAAGAAAAAUACUAACUGAUCCUUCGCAACCU